AUGGCCGGUGGCGUGCUCCUCGGGCCAAUGGCGCUGUCUCCUCUGGAAAGGAAAGAAGAGAGAAAGGAAAGUAGGAGACGGGAGGACAGAUACAGGUUCAACGGUGGACGCGGUGACGACGGAGGCUACUUACAUGGCGGACUCAAUUUUUUGCAUGAUGAUCCAGCCGGACAAGCCAAGAGUUUAAGUGCGCAUAAACCGUCCACUCCUUCUGGAGCAUCGCCUGCGGCAUCUUUGAAGCCAGCCGCCGUAGCUGAAGGAUCAUCUGCUGCCCAGGUACCGGCACCAAAGCCAGACACCGCUGAAGAAGCAUCAGCGUCGACUCCAAAGCCAAAGCCAAAGCCAAAGCCGGCUGAUGCUGCAGCUGCUACCAGCAAUGGGGUGGGUGCUAGCGGUAGUAGUGGUGGUGGCAAGAAGAAGAAGAAGGGGCAUAAGGAGAGGCUUAUGGCUUGGAAGGGAAAGGGGAAGCAGGAGGAGGCGCAGGGGAAUAAGAAGGAGAUGAGGAAGGAGGAGGGGGAGCAGGGGAAUAAGAAGGGGAUGGGGAAGGAGGAGGGGGCGCAGGGGAAUAAGAAGGGGAUGUGGAAGGAGGAGGGGUCCAAGAAAGAAGGGGGUGGUGAUGGCAGGGCAGGAGGGCUUAUCUUCAUGUGCAAUGCACAGACUAAGCCGGAGUGCUUCCAGAACCGCGUGUUUGGUAUGCCCAUGGGGAAGAAGGAGAUGGUGGAGAAGGUCCGACCAGGGACAAAGGUAUUCCUGUAUGAUUUUGACUUGAGGCUGCUAUAUGGAGUGUACAAGGCGACAUCAAAGGGCGGGAUAAACCUUGUCAGAAAUGCAUUUAACGGGAAGUUUCCUGCUCAGGUGAAAUUUACGACUGAUAAAGAUUGCCUUCCUCUUCCUGAGAGUACUUUCAAGCAUGCCAUCAAAGAGAACUACAGUGCAAGCCGCAAAUUUGACCCUGAGAUCACUUCUACACAAGUUCGUAGGCUGAUGGCUCUAUUCAAGCCUAUCACUGUAUAUCAAUCAGCUCCAAGGAGUAAUCUAGAUGGAAGGUACCGCGAUGAAGAAAGAAGGCAUCAACAUGAAGAUAGGCCACAUCCAUUGCAUGUUGAAGACAGGCGCCCGCAGGUGGUUGUACAUGUUCCUCCUCCUGAGGACUCAUACAGGGCAACACACUUUGCUCCAUUUCCUACCGAGCCCCGACCUGGUCAAUUUUUGGUUAAUGUCCAGGAUGAGCACAGAUAUUAUCAACAAGCACCUCCUGCACCUGAGUCUCAACACAUUCCUCUUGCCCCAGAGGCUCGCCAUGUUCCUCUUGCCACAGGGCCUCACUAUGCGCCUUCUGUACCAGAGCCUCGGCAUGUCCCACCAGCAUAUUACCACCAUUUGGCUCCUUCAUCUGAUGAUUCUUACUACCGUUCUCGAGUGGAUCCAGUGCAUGAGCGCAUUGCUGCCAGAACACCUCCAAGGGAUUACGCAGCACAGCUUGGGGAGUUGUCUGCUCGUGCUGACCAUAUGUCGGAGCUCUACCGGACCACUGUUCGUGAUGCUCGCCUGGAGGAUCCUUACCGCCCAGGAGAGCUUGCUGCCCGUGGUGCUCGUGUGGAGGAACUCUACCGCCCAGGAGAGAUUGCUUCUCGUGGUGAUCGUGUGGCGGAUCUCUACCGCUCUGCAGAGGUUCCUUCUCGUGGUGCUCGUAUGGAGGAUCUCUACCGUCCAGGAGAGGUUGCUGCUCGCGAUGUUCGUAUGGAGGAUCCCUACCGUCAAGGAGGGAUAGAUGCUCGUGGUUCUUAUGGGGGGCUCUACCGUUCGGACCAGCUAAAUGCUCGUGCCGUGGAUCUCCCACAUUCUUAUCAGACCUCCAACCCUGCUUAUGCUGAAGCCAGUCAGAGACCUGUCCCUACAGCAAGGGCCAACGGACCAGCUCUGCCGUGGGGGAUGCUCGGAGGCGUUCUGUUGCAAAGCUGGCUGCGGUUGCCGGGAGUUGGGGGAGGUGCCGGUGUGGCUGGCAGCUUUUGGCUGGCAAUUGUGGCAAGAUGGUUGGGAUGCGGUUGUUCCGGCUGGCAUUCGCAGCUCCACGGCGGGGGCGUGGAGCGUCGGUUCGAGGACAGUGACCCGACGACGUCGCAUUGA